CUGAGCCUCUUCCUAAGCGAGUCAAACUCUAGUUCUCCCAACGGCGGAUGAGUAAUCGUGUGUGAGCCCCACGUCAACGCGUCAACCUACAAGGUAUCCUCGGAUGCGGGGUCGGCUUCAAGGGGCUUCGAUCAGCUGACUGGACCGAACGAAAACGAACAUAGCAAUCGGAGCUCGACCUAUCGAAAAUAACCCCUAUCAGGGUUACAAAGCGGUUUGGUUUACUAACCAUCUCGCCAUCGUUCGUUCUCAUUGCAUUUUCCUCGGCUGGCUUACUUGCUGUGUCCUUGGGUAUGGGUGAGGAGGGCGCCUGACCACCACAGCUCGCUAUAUAAACUGUAGAGCAGGGAACUGAGUCCAAAUACUACAAGCAUCAAAUAGCAACAAUGGCGACAGCAGCCGUCCUCACCCCCCGCGACGUCCACACCACUCUAAACUACUCCGCCUUCACCACCGACGAAACGCCCUACACCUACGUCUACAACCCUCCCGACAACAAGCCCCGCACGAAUCUCGCCCCCGAACCGCAUCCCACCAUCAUUCACGAUAUCCGUGGACAGGAGGACACGGUAUCGUUGGACCAGAACGGGUUCGCGUUCGUGAAGUAUCCGUCGGAGGAGAGAGAGUUCGUGGAUGAGGAGAGGAUUAAGAGUGUUUAUUAUAAGGAGGUGGAGGAGUUGUUGAAGAAGAAUGUGCCGGGGGUGAAGAGGGUGCAUAUUUUUGAUCAUACGAUUAGGCGUCCCAACGGUGCUGAUGGUCGCCCGAAUGACGCCCAGCGUGGUCCAGUCGAACGCGUCCACGUCGACCAGACCUACGAAGCCGGCAUCCGUCGCGUCCGCGAACACCUCCCCGCCGACGCCGACCGUCUCCUUCAAUCCCGCUGCCGCAUCAUCAACGUCUGGCGCCCAAUCUCCCACCCCGUCGCACACCACCCGCUCGCUGUCGCCGACUGGCGCUCCAUCAACCCCUCGAGCGAGCUCGUGCCCACACAGCUCAUCACGCCCACCCGCGUCGGCUGGACGUUCAGCGUGAAGUACAAUCCGGAGCAUGCGUGGUAUUACCUUGGGGGACAGACGCCGGAGGAGGUCACGCUGAUUAAGUGUUGGGAUACGGAGGGGAAGGGGGAGGGGGAUGUGGCGGGGUUGACGCCGCAUAGUGCGUUUACGGAUGCGGGGAGUGAGAAGGAGGCGCCGGAGAGGCAGUCGAUUGAGGUGAGGUGCUUGGUGUUCGAUGCGGAGUAGGUUAGAUGCGAGGUGCUGAAUUCGUGGGGUCUUGAUACGUGAUUUGGGAUGGAGAUGAUCAGAUACACUAUGCACCUUUGUUUUGAGUAUUGUGGAAAUGCUAUGCUGCUCUGUUUUGU